AUGGCGUUCACUGAGUUACUGUCUACACUUCCUUGUGUUAUACUUUUUGAUCUGCUACAAGGAAGUGAGGGAGCAUACAGAUAUUACUAUAGGUACUAUUCCUACUACUACUACGACUAUGCCUAUUUAUCGGGUGGAGUCAUUGCUGGUAUCGUCAGCGGCAUCGUCUUUUUCAUCGUGUUUAUCAUCGUAAUAGUGGUCUGCUGCUGUCGUGCAGCACAACAGAGGACAAGAAUGCCGGGUGUCAUCUACAGCAAUGGAAUGAACCAACAAACAGUGAUAACGACAGCAAACAGUGCCCCUGGAUUAUACCCCACUCAGCCCUACCCUGUCGCUGGUCAAUAUAAUAUGGGAAUGCAGUACGGGACCCCAGGACAGCAGUUUGGAGUUCCUGGUCAGCAGACUUUUUACCCUCCACAAGGACAGCAAUAUACAGAUCCUGCACCAUCAUACGAAUCCGUCACGGAACAGAAAACUACCGCUCCGCCUUAUCCAACUUAAGAAUCCAGGCGUUUUUUCCGAAUAUAUUUUUCCUUGAUUUUUGCCAAAAAUGAUGGACAAAACAACUUUUUAAUUAUCUUUUAAAACAUAUGGAGUAAUUCCCGGUUGUUUUUUAUGUCUUACAUAAUCCUGACUCAGACUAGGUCAAAUUACUUCUGAAAAUCUUUUAUUUUGGUUCAAAAGACGUUUUGACAAAUUUGAAAGUAAAGGGGUAUACUAGAUUCAAUGAUAAAAAAUUCCUACAUGAAGUAUAUACAGAAUAUAACUGGAAAAUAUAUGAGGAAAACAUCGUUUAAUUAAUGUCCAUAUUUUACUUAAAUUGCAUUAUCAUGUAUUGAACAUAACUUAUCAUCGAACGAAUAUCGGUAUGCUAGUAUACAUACUAUAAAUUUUGAUUACAUGUAUGUCAAUUAUGGAGAAAGGUAUUCAGAACAAAGAUUGAUUUAUGAUAUGUUACAUAACUGCUGAUGAUAUUUAUUUUUAUCAGAAACUUUCAUUUUACUGUUGAAGUUGCUUUCUGUGAAUAUUAUUGUGUUUUAAAUUCUUUCUUGGCUUACCAUAAAAAAUAUUUUGAAUACCUGAAAGUCCUACCUAUUGUUGUAUUCAUCAUUUGUUUAUAAAUAAAUCACACUAUUAAGAAA